AUGAGUUUUGGGCAAGAUUUCGCAAAAUUAAUAACAACUGAUGCGGAUGAACCAUACAAUGGACCACCACUGACUUAUACCAUCGCAAGCGGUAAUAGUUAUGGUUGGUUUAGAAUCGAUCCAACAACGGGUGUUAUUCGAUAUGUCAAAGAAAUUCCAAGUGGCGGUCCAGCAAUAAUCAAGUUAAAAAUUCGUGUUUCAGACAGUGGUAAGCCACCUCAAAGUAGUGAAUGGCUGAUGACAAUUUACAUCACUUACGAUAGCAAUGCAUUGCAGUUGAGUCAGAAAUAUUAUAACGUAACUAUGAAAUCCAAUACUGAAAUUGGGACAGCAGUUGCAAAAAUUCAAUUAUCUCAAUCUAAUCAAGUUUCGCGAGAUAAUCUAGUUUAUACUAUUAUUGGUGGCAGUAGUUAUUACCAUAUCUUUACUACUGAUCGAUUCGGUAAUAUUGUCCUAAAUCAAAAGCCAAUCAUUGGAGUUAAUGCUUACAAGUUACUUGUUAGAACGUACAACAGAUACAAUAAAUCGAUAUCUGGCUACGCAUUUGUCGUUGUUCAGGUUAAUAAUGGUGCUUUAACAGAUCAUAAAUCUUCGACGAUAAACAUAAUUAUCGCUACUAGUUGUGUUGUAGCUGCCCUUGCCACUAUUGCUGCUAUUUAUUAUCGAAAACGUCUGAAGAAUGCCUUUACUAGUCGAAAAUCUCGAUCGCAGCCCACUACGUCAAUGGGUCCUGUAACACAAUUGGCAUCAACAUCAACAACCAUCAUUAAUAAUACCGGUACUAUUGUCAAGAAGGAUAAUAAUUCAUUUGCUGGUAAUCAACGUUGCAGCAAUACUCACAUUGUCUCUAAUCCUUAUUGUCAAGUUUCCCUUAAUAAUAACAAUGUUAGAAAUGAUAUUGUCCCAGUCUGUUUGGGUAAAAUGGAUAGGAAAGAAAAUGAGCUCUAUGCAACAUUGGAUGAUGAUAUUACCAUCACUAAUAAUAAUAACAAUACCUUUAGCAUUAAUGUACGCCAAAAUAGAUCUAGUAACUUAUGCCAACGGUAG